GACUACCGAUAGCGACCGCUAGGAAAUGGCGGUUGCCACCGCUAAUGUGUGCACUGCUAAUUUACCAAAUGAAUAAUAUCGUACAGCAUGUAUAAGAAUUCUUUGAAAUUCACUGUCGUUGAGCAGCUGAAACUUCCUUUCCAUGCCGAUUAGAAUAUCAUGAAGAAUUCACAUCUAGUGAUCACAUUGAUAGCUGUUCUUUUGGUUGAUGGUUGGUGGACUGGAGUUCUCAGAUGGAUUGUUGUCGGCACGGUUUCAAGCAAAAUCAUUGGUGCUGCUUUCAACACUCUUAUUGAUAUUUGCGCUUAUCACCCAGACAUUUGGGAGUCAUCUGUUUAUCUGCUGUCAUUACCUUCCAGUUCCGAAUUGAAACUUGAUUGCCCUCCAGGAUUUAUCCCCACCUCAAACCAAAGUCAUUUCCCGACUAGCAAUGGCUGUGGCGCUGAAGGACUUAAAAUAGAACCAAAAUAUCUCCCACAUAAUGACCAAGAAGAUUGCUGUAACGCCCAUGACGUGUGCUACGAUAAGUGUCACGCAAUUUCGACAAUCGCUAUAAGCUUGCACCGAAUUGACUGUGACCAGAAGUUUAAAGACUGCCUCAUAAGGAUUUGUGCACUCCAAAGUUGGCAGCUUUAUUUUAUUUGCCCAUUCAAAAUUUUACUCACAAAAAAAUUCUGGAAAGAGAACUGCGAGGAAUCGUCACGUCACGAUAAUGAGAAAAAAUGCAGGGCGUCUGCUGAAGUUCUGUAUGAAUCUGUUAACCAUUGGGGACAAGACGCUUAUGUCAAGGCUCAGUCCAUAGCUUGCGUCUGUAUUCCUGUUUGACGAAAUUUUAUAGGCCAGCAACAAAUAUCGUUGGAAUUAUUUACUUAGUACAUUCUAAUCUUGUCACUUUUAUUUACAGCAUGGAAUUUUGACUAGUGACAAAUUUUCAAAAAUAAUAAACUGUUAAAGACAA